AUGUCUGAAGAAGACAUUGCAUUGGAUUACCCUCUUGAAUCAGAAUUUGUUCAGAAUUUUAAAGAAGCUCAAGGUAAGGGGGACUCCAGAUAUGUGCAAACCCUUCUCAGAGAAGCAAGCAAAGAAAAUCCGAAUAUCAUCAUCGAGUUGUCAAAUGAUGAUUGGAUGAAAGACCCUGAUGUGGAGCUCCCCCCAGCUGUACUGCUGGGUCUUUGGUCUUUGGAAUAUAAAAGAGAACUAACAAGCCCACUGUGUAUCGCUGCUGCACAAGGUUUUACUGAAUGUCUGCAGUACUUGCUGGAGCACCGCGCACAUCCCAACCUUAUUGCAGGAGGAAAAGCAGCACUUCAUGAGGCCUGUGGAAACGCCAACACUGACUGUGUGGAGCUACUGCUGGAACAUGGAGCUAACCCUAACCAGAUGACAGAAGAGGGGCUGACUCCAUUACAUCUAUGCAGCACACCACAAUCAAUACGUUGUGCAAAAGCCUUGUUGAGAAAGGGUGCCAAGGUGAACUUACCUAGUGAGGAAGAGGAUGAAACACCAUUGCAUGUGGCAGCUAGACAUGGUCUGCUCCACCACGCACAACUCUAUCUACGAUUUGGAGUUUGUGUGAACCAUGUCAGCUCUUCAGGUGAAACACCACUGGGGGUUGCUUGUGGGGUAGCCCCAGAAAAGACAGCCAACAGCCAAGAUGAACAAUAUCUUGAGCUCUGUCGUCUCCUCCUGUCCAAUGGAGCAAACAUUAAUUUGUCUGAUAAUGAACGCCGCAGUCCUCUACACAAGGCAGCCCGCAAUGUUCAGCACAAGCUGGUGGAGCUUCUCCUGGACCAUGGGGCUGAUAUCAAUGCCAUUGACUAUAAUGGGUGUUCAUCACUAUCUAGUGUGCUACAAAGUUCUGUGGUUCGACAAGAGUGGGAACCUCAUACAGUUGUUCAGACCCUGUUAAACCACGGCUCAAUUAAAGUAUGGCCACUAGCACUGCUGAAGGUGUUAACAGCCUGUGCAGCAGCACCUAAAACUGUGGAAAUCUUAUUUAACUCAUACCAGCUGGUUCCUGUAACUUACAAAUGGGUUGAAGCCAUACCUGAGGAUAUUUUUCAUCUUCACAGACCCUUUUAUGAGUCUCUUUUUGCACUGGAGUACAAAUCCCGUAGUUUACAGCAUCUGUGUCGGUCUGCACUGAGGAAACACUUUGGGAAGAACUGCUGCUCACUCAUUCCAAGGCUCCCUGUGCCUAAAGUGCUACAACAGUAUCUUCUUCUAGAACCCAGGGGCUAUAUUGACUAAUCCUUGAGAGAAACCUUUAAAGAACUUUGGAAGCCUUUUUUUAAUGCAAUGCAUAAAUCAUUCUGAAUUUAACACAGCUGACUGUCUUUCAUUUCACUUUGUAAAAUCAGUUUACUCUGACGUGUUUGAGAGCUCAUAACGUCACCUGUAGUCCUGUUUUUGUAUUUUAGUGUAAACUCAUAUUAGCAUUACAGAAAAGAUUUAUGAUGACAAAUUUUUUUGUUUGAAUGACUGUUUUAGAUGCACGGCUACCUGCAUUAAUUUCUAUAUACACCUUCACAUCACAAUGUUUAAUCCAUAAUUAUUUUAUUUGGAAAUCUCUCGUUUGUCCUCCAAUAAAAUAAUACAUUUCAUCAAA